CGGAGAAAUCAAGGAAGCAUAGACGACGAGAGACGAGACGUGAAUGUUGACAGAAAAGCCGAGGCAAGAAUUUGUAAGGUUAGCUAGGCCAGAAAUUGAAAUAAUUUUGUUAAAAUUAAACAAAUUAUUGUUUUAUUAAGUGAUUUCACAGAUUAAUAUUACUAUUAUCAAUCUUACAAAGCUGUAAUAUAGUAAACUUAAUAUCUAAAGUGAAAAUAUAUAGAUUUGUUGAUACGCCGAGUGAUCACCCUUCGUCAAGACGGCUAAAGAAAUAGAUUUUGAUUAUCUUCGUCGAAGAGGAAUUACAAUGGAGGUCCAAGAAGAAAUUCCGGUUGAUCCGAAGAAAGUGAUGGCUUCAUCAGGUACAGUAGGUAGUGUUUCUGUAUCGCUGCAUCCUUUGGUACUAAUGAAUGUUUCUGAACAUUGGACUAGGCUAAGGGCUCAGGAAGGAACUGCACAGCAGAUAGUUGGCGCAGUAAUUGGCAAACAAAAAGGUCGUAAUAUAGAAAUCAUGAACUCUUUUGAAUUAGUCUUCCAUUUUAUUGAUGGCAACGUUAUCAUUGACAGGGAAUACUACAUGACUAAAGAAGAGCAGUUCAAGCAGGUAUUCAGCGAUAUGGAUUUUCUUGGCUGGUACACAACAGGUGAUCAACCAAAUGAAAAUGACAUCAAGAUUCACAGACAAAUUUGUGAAAUCAAUGAAAGCCCAAUUUUUUUGAAGAUGAAUCCUUUGGCUGGACAUACUGACCUUCCUGUCUGUGUGUAUGAGUCAGUUAUUGACCUUGUCGAUGGAGAGGCAACAAUGUUAUUUGUGCAAUUGCAGUAUACUCUAGCUACUGAAGAAGCUGAGCGCAUUGGAGUAGAUCACGUCGCUCGAGUGCUUGCAAACGAAUCUGGCGAGAGCUCAGUGGUUGCUGAACAUUUGACUGCCCAGCAUUCUGCUAUCAAAAUGCUUCACAGCAGAGUUAAACUUGUGCUGCAGUAUCUACGUGCGGUUCAGUCGGAACAACUACCUCUAAAUCACGAGAUUCUUCGAGAAGCCGCCUCACUCAGUCACAGACUUCCGGUGCUCCAGACGCAGAAAUUCCGCACUGACUUCUACAAACAGUGUAGUGACGUCGAACUAAUGACCUACCUUGGAAUCAUCACCAAAGGUUGCAAUGAUAUAAACCAGUUCAUCAACAAAUUCAAUAUUUUGUAUGACAGACAUGUCAUGGGCAGACGUAUGAGAGGACUUUUCUUCUAGGUGUUGUUUGUUAUCAUAGUAAUUGAUGAAGAAACAUUUUUGUUGGCGUGGAUUACGACUUUGAACGUUAUUAUUUUGCUAUUGGGGAGUCACUCAUGAAUUUUAACACUACUCCAUUUACAAAAUAGCCAAUAUUUCCUUAUAAUUAAUCAAACUCUAUUGUAAUUAAAUAAAUUUGAAUAAAUUUUAUUAUUAUGCGAGUAA